AUGCGAUUCCUUCUAACAAUUCUGGCGAUUCUUCCACUUCUCAUCGUAUCAGAUCUGAAUCCUAAUUGGGCCCUACAUCAAGCUCAAUACUUCCAAACUGAAUUCCUCGAACAUUUGAAGAAGCAAGAUUUCAAAGGCUUAGCAAUCAGUAUUGACAAAAACUUCGAAUUCAUUGUGUCACAUGGUGAUCGUAGAUUGCUCCAACAAGACAAAAACACAUAUGUGGACUACCUUCGAAACAAUCGAGACCUAUUUUCAAGCGGGAAGAUUGUGUCAGCUAAAACAAGCGGUUUCAGUGUGGAAUUUGAGAUCAAACCUAAAAGGGGAUAUGGUAAUCAUAAGGCUGUUAUGAUCCCAAACUCAAGACAAUAUGGCCCAAGAUUGGUCAGAUAUGAGAUUCCAAUUUAUUCUCUUUGA